CCGAAUAAACAAAGCAACCCACUUUUCGUCAUAUGCUAGUGCGCUCUGUAGAUUCUAUUCCGUAACAACAAGAUUUUCGUUUUCAGAUGUGCUGAAAACAUUACCUGAAAUACUCAUGGUAUCCAGAUCUCAAUUAAAUGUUCUGUACUCAAAGAAGUGAUAAUAAACAUUCUUGCAAAACAGCAUUGCCUGUAAAAUAAGACAAUGAAGCCUAAGGGUAUCUGUUUCCCCCAUCUGGUAUGGUGGUGUAUAAUAAUAUUUUCCAAGAUUACCUAUGCAUUUUAUGUUCCUGGUGUUGCACCUGUAGAAUUCAAAAAAGGAGAAAAUAUAGAGGUUAAAGCAGUAAAGAUGACAAGUACUUUAACCCAACUUCCUUAUGAAUAUUAUUCCCUUCCUUUUUGCCGGCCAAAAAAAGGGGCUAUUGUGUAUAAAUCAGAAAAUUUAGGAGAAGUAUUGAGAGGAGACAGAAUUGUUAAUACACCUUAUGAAGUGCAAAUGGCUGUAGAUCAGUCUUGUCGGCUAUUAUGUAACAAUCCCAAGACUCCGCUAAAUUGGUCUGUAGCCGAGUCGAAACUUGUGGCCAACAGAAUACAGCAUCAGUAUUAUGUACAUUUAUUGAUUGAUAACCUACCAUGUGCUACAAGAUAUGAUGCUACUGAUGUUCAGUAUGAGCAUGGCUAUAGAUUAGGUUUUGUUGAAAAAGGAAUACCUUACAUUAAUAAUCACUUAAAAAUUAUACUGAAGUAUCAUUCACAACCAGGGGAGAAUUAUCGUGUUGUUGGAUUUGAAGUCGAAACUCAAAGCAUUGAUCAUUCUGAUUUACAAUUUACUGGAAAUACUUGUUCUUAUCCUGAAUCUCAUAAAAAGCAAGCUGUGAAUGUUGAAGGACCUACCAAGCUAUAUUUCACAUAUGAAGUCAUUUGGGAAGAGAGUAAUAUUCGAUGGGCCUCAAGAUGGGAUAUAUAUCUUGCCAUGACUGAUGUUCAGAUUCACUGGUUUUCUACUAUAAAUUCAGUUGUAGUUGUGUUUUUCUUGUCAGGAAUAUUAACUAUGAUUAUUGUCAGAACUCUGCGAAGGGAUAUUGCAAGAUAUAACAAAAACGAAGACAUGGAUGAUACCAUAGAAGAAACAGGUUGGAAACUUGUUCAUGGUGAUGUAUUUAGACCACCUAGGUAUCCCAAACUUUUUGCUGCUGUUAUUGGUAGUGGAAUACAGAUCUUUCUUAUGACAUUUAUUACAAUAUUUUUUGCUAUGCUUGGGAUGCUGUCUCCAGCUUCUAGAGGUGCACUGAUGACAGCUGCAAUUUUCUUAUAUGUUUUUAUGGGGUGUGUGUCCGGAUAUUUUUCUGCCAGAUUGUAUAAAACAUUAAGAGGUACAGAAUGGAAAAAAGCAGCACUUUAUACUGCUCUACUGUAUCCAGGUAUUGUGUUUGGAACUUGCUUUAUUUUGAAUUUCUUUAUUUGGGGGAAGCAUUCUUCUGGAGCAGUUCCGUUCACUACAAUGUUGGCUCUUCUUUGUAUGUGGUUCGGUAUUUCUUUACCACUGGUGUUUAUUGGCUAUUAUUUCGGAAUUAGAAAACAUCCCUAUGAACAUCCUGUACGCACAAAUCAAAUUCCCCGACAAGUUCCUGAACAAGUGUGGUAUAUGAACCCAUUUCUUUGCACACUGAUGGCUGGAAUUCUACCUUUUGGUGCUAUGUUUAUUGAGCUAUUCUUUAUUUUUACGGCAAUAUGGGAAAAUCAAUUUUACUACUUAUUUGGCUUCCUCUUCCUAGUCUUCAUUAUUCUCGUCAUAUCUUGCUCACAGAUAUCAAUUGUCAUGGUGUACUUUCAGCUAUGUGGUGAGGAUUAUCAUUGGUGGUGGCGAUCUAUUAUAGUGUCUGGAGGAUCUGCUGUAUACGUUUUUGCUUAUUCUGUCUUUUAUUUUCUUACUAAGCUGGAAAUCUCAGAAUUCAUUCCGACUCUUCUAUAUUUCGCAUACACUGGCUUAAUGGUUCUUACAUUUUGGAUUUUGACUGGUACCAUAGGAUUCUAUGCAGCGUAUUUCUUCAUACGAAAAAUAUAUGGCGCUGUGAAAAUUGAUUGAUGGUUGUUGUUGUAGCAUGAUUCGAAAGACUUUAUUAAGGGAAAAUGUUAUUUGAACAAAACUUGUCUAUUGGCCAAGUUGAAAACUUGCAUUUUGUAAAUACUUUUUCUCAUCUAGUAAUGUUUCUGUGGAAAGUAGAAUUUAUUUUUAUUCUCAGUU